AUGGACAAUCGAGAAAUGGAGAAAAAACCCUUGGAAGAUAUUACGUGUGGAAUAGUCAAGAGAGGGGGACCAACUGGAGACGAACCCGUUAAACCUGGUGAAUUUCCCUGGGAAGUAGGCUUCAGAUAUCAAAACCGGUUUGGCAAGUCAAACGUGUUUUGUCGUGGAUCUUUGUUGGAUAGAGAAUGGAUUUUGACAGCCGCACAUUGUUUUGUGGUCCGCGUAAAUCCCAAAUUUAAGCUGAAAGUUAUCCUGGGUGAAUUUGACGAUCAAAAUGAGGAAGGCCAAGAGGUGGUUGCCGAGGCUGUCAAAGUUAUAAGACACCCAUUGCAUAGAAGAAACACGAAAGAUUACAAUAUCGCACUAGUGAAACUAAAGACGCCGCUUAAGGAAUACAACGAUUACAUGAGACCAAUAUGUUUGCCCGAUCAAUCUGUGUCAUUUUCCGGGGGAGAAAUUUGUACAGUGACGGGAUUUGGUCUUGAUUAUUCUGCAGGGACACUUCGUAGGAUCGAUGUCCCCAUAAUUUCGCCCGAUGAAUGCCGAAGGAAUGUCCGUUGGUUAACUGAUAGUAUGUUAUGUUCAGGGUACACCGAGAGAAUUCUUGAUACUUGUAAAGGGGACAGUGGCGGGCCUUUAGCAUGCUACGUUAAUGGGAAGUUUUAUCUUGGGGGAAUUGUGAGUCAU